AUGAAGUGUUACUUAUUAGUGCUCGUCGUAGCAUAUUUCCAUUGCUUUUCAACAGAAACACUUCCAAAGUUAACAAUUGAUGAUUUUCUUAAUUCAACCCAAUAUAAAUCAUUGAGUCUUUCACCUGAUGCUGGUUAUUUAUUAGUUCACAGUUUGCGUCCUGCUUGGGAAUCGAAUCGAUAUGAAGAUGCAUUGUGGCUUUAUCGAACUGAAACUGCACAAAAAAAAUUGAUUACUAACCAACUCUAUCCCAAUGUCAAACCAAAAUGGUCACCGAGUGGUGCUUGGAUUUAUUACUUAAUCGAUGAAAGCUCACAAACAGAUCCAGUCAACAUUAACGAACGUUCUCGACCGGUGAAAAAUGAAAAAUAUAUUCAUUUAUAUAAUAUUAUUUCCGAAGAAACGUUAUUGAUCGAAGUCGGAAACCACAAUCCACUGGCAAUCGUAUGGGGCAAUGAUGAUAAUUCACUUUAUUUCAUUUCAAUAGCAUCAUCUCAAGAAGACAACAAGACGAAUCAAAACGAAUGGAAGGAUGUUGUUCAAUAUCGACAACGAAAACCGACAGAUAGUACUACUCUCCAUCGUAUUGAUAUUAAAAAUAAAAAUCAUAAAAUAUCUGUGAAAAUUACGACUAUUACCAAUAUCGAUUUUCUAGUUGGUGAACUCUUAUUGGUUCCAGCGGAAAAUAAACUUGUCUUUACAUCCGUAUCAACGCUUGUCGAAAAUUCACAUGAUUUCGAAAUAUACGCACUUGAUCUCAGAAAUGUAUCUUUACUAUCUAGAUUAACAGAUAACAAAAUGAUGGAACAAAAUCUGCAAUUAUCACCCGACGGUAAACAUCUAUUCUUUGUAAUAGGUUCCAUGGGACCGACUGGUGGAAAAUAUAAUGAUACACAAAAUGCAUUAGGCUCGGUCGAUUUAACAACUGGAGUGACUGAACAUUGGGGAAAAGGCUUCAAUGGAAAUAUUAUAGGCUAUACAAUUCGACCACAGGGCGGUGUUUAUAUACUUGGACAAUUAGGAGUCAAUGUUCAAAUAUAUGUACAGCAGUCAUCAUCAAAAUUUGUAAUGUUACAGCACGGAUGGGAAGGAACAUAUCAAUUGAUUUCCUCGGCCACAUCACCACAUUCACUGUCGAUUGCAUUUGCUCAUUCAUCAUUUGAAAGCGCAUUAGAGGUUUAUUUUGUUGAACAUAUCAAUCAAUUAUAUGUCGCGAAAGCUGUUACUUGUGAAAAUCAAAUUCUUCGUGAACGAAAUCUACCUCGAGCAAAAGUAUAUCGAUGGAUUAAUAGUGAAGAUGAUCGUACAAUCGAAGGAAUUCUACAUUAUCCACCGGGAAAGUUUGAAUGUAAAAAUUUGCCAUUAUUUGUACUUAUUCAUGGAGGUCCAUCAGCUACAAGUCUCAAUAUGUUAAUCGGAGAUUGGUAUUCGUGGGCUCCAUUAGCAGCUACUGAAGGUUGGCUAGUUUUGGAACCUAAUUAUCGAGGUUCGGCGGGAUAUGGCGAUGCAUUUUUAAGUGAACUUAUUGGUCAUCCUUUAUCUCGACCAGGAAGAGAUAUUCUUGCUGGUGUUGAUACUUUAAUUGCCGAUGGCAUCGCUGAUCCAAAUAGACUUACUGUUGGCGGUUUUAGUUAUGGUGGAUUUUUAACAAACUGGUUGAUUACCCAAACAACGCGGUUUAAUGCUGCUGUAUCCGGUGCUGGACCAGUUGAGCAUGUUUCUUUAUGGGGUACGAUGGAUACGCCGUUGUAUAUUGCAUCUUAUAUUGGUGGAUAUCCGUGGGAAAUACCGGAAACCUAUUAUGAAGAAUCGAUUAUGUUUAAAUUAGGUUACGUCCAAACGCCAACACAUAUAGUUAGUGGUGCAAAUGAUCUACGUGUUCCUCCGUCUGAAAGUGUAACGUUAGAACGCGGGUUACAUUAUCUUGGUGUUCCUGUGAAAUUAUUACUUUUUCCAAACGAAGGACACGACCUGACUAUCAAUCCAUGGCAUGGAAAGAUCAAAGUUCGAGAAGAACUUAAAUGGCUUGAAAAAUAUGGACAUGCAUCGCUAAAUAAGUCGAGACCACAAUAG